CUCUGAAGUCUCCUUUCUCGUCUCUUCGUCUCUGCUCAUUCUCUGGCUUCUCAAUUUUGAAAAUCUCAUUGGCUGAUGGAGCUCGGUCAAGGCAGCAACGUGCCCAGCACUUCUUGCCCUCCUGGAUCUCAACCCCCCACCACCGCUGAAGGAAGUGGCUGGGUCAGGUACUGCUUUUGCACAGUGUUCAAAGGCUGCCGGGCCGCCCGCUGCAGCGGAAGGGUCGAACCCCCAUCCACUGUCUACUGUAGACCUUGCUCAGUCACUUGCGCUUCCGGACGAAGCGAGUGCAAAUGCAGGCGGGAAUCCACGCAGCGGGGCACCUGCAAAGCACCUGUUUCCUGCCUUGGGCCUCCAAGUCCUUUAGACGAGGCAGGUUAUUGCAAGAACUGCAAAACCACGUGUCCUCCUGAGGCAGCUGAGUCCGCUUCUCAAAAUGCUAAUGCCAAUACCAAUUUCAAUCCCAAUCCCGAGUCCAAUCCGAAACCCAAUCUCGGUUCAGACUCUGUCCCCCAAGCGAGAAAUGAUGAUGGGGCCGAGCGAGAGGUUGACGAAGGGCUGGGUCAACCGGAGAAUGCUUCGACCGCCGCCCGCAAUGCGGCACGACCUGACGAUGAGGGUGCGGAUAUUGUCGGCGCCGCGGCCAUGUCUAGGAUCGAUCGCCAAAUCGAAAUCAUACUGUCAUUUCCGAACGACGUGAACUGGGAUGCCACCGCCGGCUUCGCAUUCUCCCCUGCUGUCCCCACUGCAGGCAGCACGUUGGGGGCCAACCAGUGCAACCGUGGGGCCACGGAGCGGCCUGAGAGCGUGAUUUCGAAUGCCACAGCUAGCACCGCACCCUCCUCUGCUGUUGCCACUGCUGGCAGCACGCCGGGGGGCACUGAGAGGCCCGAGAGCCUGGAUUGGAGUGCCACCGCCAGCUCCGUACCGUCCCCUGCUGUUAACACUGUUGACAGCACACCGGGAGCCGGCCACGGGGCCGCCGAGGCGCCCGAGAGCGUGGAUGGGGAUGCCACCGUGAGCGCCGUACCAUCCCCCGCUGUUAGCACUGUUUACAGCACGCCGCUGGCCAACCACGGGGUUGCCGAGAGGCUCGAGAGCGUCGAGGUCGAAAUCGUCCGGCAUCAACUCGACGCCCUCUUGGGCGUCCCAUACUGCAGAUGCACGAUGGGCGGCUGGGAGUGCAAAAUCCCCGUUAUUUGCGAGGGGGUAGUCGUUGGUGCCAACCCGUGCGGGCGUUGCAUGCCAUGUGCGUUGGAGAAUUGUGGCCAUCCGGGCCUGACUACCUGAGUGUCUUGGACAGGAACAGUACGAAUGCUCCAGGCUGGGUGCUGCUUUACCAGAUGAUGACAUCAUCGCCGGCAUCGAUACGCAUUGCACAGUACCUAGCCACUGUAGCAGUGUAGCCAGUA